AAUCAUACGCGACUGAGCACGGUAGGCCCUUUCGUCUCCACCCAUCCGUCCACCGGCUACGGCGGUUCUGUCUCCUCAAUCGAAUCAAUCCUGGUUUGAGUUGCAAUGACUAAAGUCAAGAAGGUGCCAGAAAGAUCCGGAUCGAGGCAUCGUAGGGCAAGCCCAUAUUCUUUGCGGUCAUUUCAUUCGAAGAUUAUGAAGGAUACCCGUCACAAGAAACAACGAAAGGCAUCUGUUAAGGAUUGGCAAGAUGCAAAAUGUUCAGUUUGUAUGGAGUAUCCUCACAACGCCGUUCUCCUGCUGUGUUCCUCGUAUCACAAAGGCUGCCGCCCAUAUAUGUGUGCAACUAGUUAUCGGUAUUCCAAUUGUUUAGACCAGUACCAGAAAGCCUACACCAAAGUGGACUCGACCCAAAGUGCACCGCCAUGGGAAGGGUCAACCGAUGACCCAAACUUUAGUUUAGGGUCAGAUGGGGCCUCAGAGAAAUCUCGAGCACCUGAGCUUCUAUGCCCGCUUUGCCGUGGUCAAGUAAAAGGGUGGACUGUGGUGGAACGCGCACGCAAGUUCCUCAAUUCCAAAAAGAGGAGCUGCAUGCAAGACAACUGCUCGUUUGUUGGAUCAUAUGGAGAUCUAAGGAAGCAUGUACGAGCUGAUCACCCGUUGGCCCGCCCCCGAGAAGUGGACCCAUCGCUUGCCGAGAAAUGGAAGAAACUUGAAAACGAUCGAGAACUAAACGACGUGAUGAGCACGAUUAACUCGACGAUGCCGGGGUCGAUCAUAAUGGGGGAUUAUGUGAUCGAAGGGAAUUUCCGGGGCUUUUCUAGAGAUGAUAAUGUGGAUAAUUAUUUGGACAGUGUUCUUUUGCGGUUAGGAUCAUAUGAUGGGAGAAGAAAUGCACGUAGCGGUUAUGCAAUCGUUGAGAGGGGUCGUCGAUCAUUGGAUGAUGAUGAAGAUGAUGGUGAUGGCGAGAUUGAGGUGCGCCUUGGCGAUGCUGCAUCGGCAUCUGGACGUGUUCGUAACUACAUUCCUCGCAUCGGCCGCCGCCAAGGCAGGCUGUUUUUGAGUGGUGGCUCAAGGCGGCGCCGGGAUGCACAUGGUGGUGUGUCACCAGCAGGUAUCAUAUUCUAGUCAGGUCUUGGGUCUUAUUCUAUCAAAACCAAUGCCAUGGUUUUCUUGUCUUUGUGAGUUAUGGUUUUCAGAUAUGUCAUUUUGUUCAUGGGAUUUAUUUAGUCAUUUUAGACAUUAAACCCAAUAAUAAAUGAAAUGAGCCCUCUGCACAGCCAGCCUUUGAAUUUA